CUCGAGUUCAAAGUCAGCCUCUGCAAAAGUGAGGCCCUAAGCAACUCAGUGAGACCCUGUCUCUAAAUAAAAUACAAAAUAAGGCUGGGGAUGGGGUUCAGUGAUCAAGUGGCCCUGAGUUCAAUCCCUAGUACCAAAACAAAAAAGUAAAGAUUGAGAACUAUCAAUGGAAGACGCCUUAUUUUUUUCCACAAAAGCUUAUUUGUGUUCUAAUCAUUACUGACAUCUGGGCUGUAUGUAACGCCUUCCAAGUCACAAAUGCUGAUUUUUAAAAAUAUAUUUUAAAAAACUUUUUAGUUGUAGAUGGGCACAAUCCCCUUAUUGUAUAUAUUUAUUUUUAUGCGGCGCUGAGAUCAACCCCAGUGCCUCCCCUGUGUUAGGAAGCGCCCUGCCACUGAGCCACCUCUCAGCCCCAAUGCUGCUGUUCAGUUUCCUUGCCAGUGACCAAUAUGGUGUGCCCGGCCUUCACCCCCUGAGAUGGAUCAGGAGCCCAGCAGUUUCGGCUGGCUCUUCCAAAGAUCGCUGCGGGACUCUGCCACUCUGGUUUCUCUCUUCCAGCUGCUUCUGCACCCCUUCUUUGAAUUCAGAUACAGGCGGCUCAGAACAGAGGCUCAGAACAGGUGGAAGGCACUUUGAACUGUGGCACAAUCCACAAGCACCGUUAGAGGGACGGCUCUGCAGGUCUUGGAAAUCUCCGACACCAGAUCACAGAAGCAGUCACAGUAAAGACAGGAGGAAAACCAGGACAAGAAAACGGAAAGCGAGGAGCACAAGCCUGGCUGAUGAUUUGGCAGUGUUGAACGGUGGCUUGGCCACCAAGGCGAUUUCUGCCUAUGGGAACAAGACAGACAGCAUGAGGGAAAGGAGGACGCACAGAAGAAACAAACGUUUCUUAUCCUACCCACGGUUUGUAGAGGUGAUGGUGGUCGCCGACCACAGGAUGGUAUCAUACCACGGAGCAGACCUGCAACACUAUGUUCUAACGUUAAUGUCAAUUGUAGCCUCUAUCUAUAAAGACCCAAGUAUUGGAAAUUUAAUUAAUAUUGUUAUUGUGAACUUAGUUGUGAUUCAUAAUGAACAGGAAGGACCUUCCAUAUCUUUUAAUGCCCAGACAACAUUAAAAAAUUUUUGCCAGUGGCAACAUUCCAAGAACUAUCCAGGUGGAAUCCAGCAUGAUACAGCUGUGCUCGUAACCAGACAGGACAUCUGCAGAGCUCAUGACAAAUGUGACACCUUAGGUCUUGCUGAACUGGGAACCAUCUGUGAUCCCUACAGAAGCUGCUCUAUCAGUGAAGAUAGUGGACUGAGUACAGCAUUCACCAUAGCCCAUGAGCUGGGCCACGUGUUCAACAUGCCGCACGACGACAACAACAAGUGUAAAGAAGAGGGCGUCAAGAGCCCCCAGCAUGUCAUGGCGCCGACGCUGAACUUCUACACCAACCCCUGGAUGUGGUCCAAGUGCAGUCGGAAAUACAUCACCGAGUUUUUGGACACCGGGUAUGGCGAGUGUCUGCUUAACGAACCCGAAUCCAGACCCUACCCCCUGCCUCCCCAGCUACCUGGCCUCCUUUACAACGUGAAUAAGCAAUGUGAGCUCAUCUUUGGCCCCGGUUCCCAGGUGUGCCCCUACAUGGUGCAGUGUAGACGGCUCUGGUGCAAUAACGUGGAUGGGGCUCACAAAGGCUGCCGGACUCAGCACACGCCCUGGGCCGACGGGACUGAGUGUGAGCCUGGAAAGCACUGCAAGUAUGGAUUUUGUGUUCCCAAAGAAAUGGAGGUCCCCGCGACUGACGGAUCCUGGGGAAGUUGGAGUCACUUUGGAACCUGCUCAAGAACAUGCGGAGGGGGGAUCAAAACAGCCAUCCGAGAGUGCAACCGACCAGAGCCCAAAAACGGUGGCAAGUACUGCGUGGGGCGCAGAAUGAAGUUCAAGUCCUGCAACACGGAGCCCUGCCUCAAGCAGAAGCGAGACUUCCGCGAUGAGCAGUGUGCGCACUUUGACGGGAAGCAUUUUAACAUCAACGGUCUGCACCCUAAUGUGCGCUGGGUCCCCAAGUACAGCGGAAUUCUGAUGAAGGACCGCUGCAAGCUAUUCUGCAGAGUGGCCGGGAACACUGCCUACUACCAGCUCCGGGACAGAGUGGUCGAUGGAACGCCUUGUGGCCAGGACACCAAUGACAUCUGUGUCCAAGGCCUUUGCAGGCAAGCUGGAUGUGAUCAUGUUUUGAACUCAAAAGCCCGGAGAGAUAAAUGUGGGGUUUGUGGUGGCGAUAAUUCUUCAUGCAAAACGGUGGCAGGAACAUUCAAUACCGUACACUAUGGUUACAACACUGUGGUCCGAAUUCCAGCUGGUGCUACCAAUAUUGAUGUGCGACAGCACAGUUUCUCAGGGAAAUCGGAAGAUGACAACUACUUGGCUUUAUCAAGCAGUAAAGGCGAAUUCCUGCUCAACGGAGACUUCGUUGUCACCAUGUCCAAAAGGGAAAUCCGCGUUGGGAGCGCCGUGAUUGAGUACAGCGGGUCGGACAACGUGGUGGAGCGCAUCAACUCCACGGACCGCAUUGAGCAGGAGCUGCUGCUGCAGGUUCUGUCGGUGGGGAAGCUCUACAACCCCGAUGUGCGCUACUCCUUCAACGUUCCCAUCGAAGACAAGCCUCAGCAGUUCUACUGGAACAGUCACGGCCCCUGGCAGGCAUGCAGCAAGCCCUGCCAAGGGGAGCGGAAACGGAAACCUGUUUGCAGCAGGGAAUCUGACCAGCUUACCGUGUCGGAUCAGAGAUGCGAUCGGCUGCCCCAGCCAGCACCCAUCACGGAAGCCUGCGGCACAGACUGUGACUUGAGGUGGCACGUGGCCAGCAGGAGUGAAUGCAGUGCCCAGUGUGGUUUAGGUUACCGCACAUUAGACAUCUUCUGUGCCAAAUACAGCAGGCUAGAUGGCAAGACUGAGAAGGUGGAUGAUAGUUACUGCAACAGUCACCCCAAACCAAGCAACCGGGAGAAAUGCUCAGGAGAAUGUAACACAGGCCGCUGGCGCUAUUCGGCUUGGACUGAAUGUUCUAAAAGCUGCGAUGGGGGAAGCCAAAGGAGAAGGGCUAUUUGUGUCAACACCCGCAAUGACGUCCUGGAUGACAGCAAAUGUGCCCAUCAGGAAAAAGUCACCAUUCAGAGGUGCAAUGAGUUCCCGUGUCCACAGUGGAAAUCGGGAGACUGGUCAGAGUGCUUGGUCACCUGUGGAAAAGGGCACAAGCAUCGCCAGGUCUGGUGUCAGUUUGAAGACCGAGUAAACGACAGGCUCUGUGACCCUGAGACCAAGCCAGUGUCCAUGCAAACUUGUCAGCAGCCGGAAUGUGCAUCCUGGCAGGCGGGUCCCUGGGGACAGUGCAGUGUCACCUGUGGACAGGGGUACCAGCUGCGGGCAGUGAAGUGCAUCCUUGGGACCUAUGGGUCAGCAGUAGACGACAGCGACUGUAAUGCAGCCACCAGACCAACAGACACCCAGGACUGUGAAUUCCCAUCCUGUCACCCUUCCCCAGUGGUCCCAGAAACAAGGAGAAGCGCACACAAUGUUCCAAGAACCCAGUGGCGAUUUGGAUCUUGGACCCCAUGCUCAGCCACCUGUGGCAAAGGGACCCGGAUGAGGUAUGUCAGCUGCCGGGACGAGGACGGCUUGGUGGCUGAGGACAGCGCAUGUGCUGCCCUGCCCAAACCAGUGGCCAAGGAGGAGUGCUCCGUGACCCCCUGUGGGAGGUGGAAAGCCCUGGACUGGAGCCCUUGCUCUGUGACGUGUGGGCAAGGUAGGGCAACCCGGCAGGUGGUAUGUGUCAACUACAGUGACCACGGGAUUGACCAGAGCGAGUGCGACCCCGACUACAUCCCAGAGACCGAACAGGACUGCGCCAUGUCCCCGUGCCCUCAGCGGACCCCGGACAAGGGCCUCCCUCAGCACCCCUUCCAGAACGAGGACUACCGGCCCCGGAGCCCCAACCCCAGCCGCACACACGUGCUAGGGGGAAACCAGUGGAGGACGGGCCCCUGGGGAGCCUGUUCCAGUACCUGUGCCGGAGGGGCCCAGCGGCGUGUCGUGGUGUGUCAGGAUGAAAAUGGAUACACUGCAAACGACUGUGUGGAGAGAAUCAAACCCGACGAGCAGAGGGCCUGCGAAUCCGGUCCUUGUCCCCAGUGGGCUUACGGCAACUGGGGAGAGUGCACAAAGCCAUGUGGUGGAGGGAGCCGGACGCGGCUGGUGGCCUGUCAGCGGUCCAACGGCGAACGCUUCCCAGAUCUGAGCUGUGAAAUCCUUGACAAGCCUCCAGAUCGUGAGCAGUGUAACACACACGCCUGUCCCCAAGACGCCGCCUGGAGUACUGGCGCUUGGAGCUCGUGCUCUGUGUCUUGUGGUCGAGGGCACAAACAGCGAAAUGUUUACUGCAUGGCAAAAGAUGGAAGCCAGUUAGAGAGUGAUUACUGUAAACACCUGGCUAAGCCACAUGGGCACAGAAGGUGCCGAGGAGGACGGUGUCCCAAAUGGAAGGCUGGCACGUGGAGUCAGUGCUCGGCGUCCUGUGGCCCCGGCAUGCAGCAGAGGCGCGUGAGCUGUCAGAUCGGGACGCACAGACCAGCGCGCGACACCCAGUGCGACCCCUUCCUGCGACCCGCGUCUGAGCGCGUCUGCCAGGGCCCGCCGUGCCCGCGCUUCACCUGGAGGGCCGAGCAGUGGCAGGAGUGCACCAAGACCUGCGGGGAGGGCUCGCGGUUCCGCCGGGUGCUGUGCGUGGACGCCCGCGAAGGGGAGGUGCACAGCGCGCACUGCGCCCCCGGCCAGCGGCCAGCCGAGCGCGAGAGCUGCAGCCUACAGCCCUGCGAGUACGUGUGGAUCACGGGCGAGUGGUCAGAGUGCUCGGUGACCUGCGGGAAGGGCUACCAGCAGAGGCUGGUGUCGUGCAGCGAGGUCUACGCGGGCAAGGACAGCUACCAGUACACCUACCAGGCCAGCGCCCCCUGCCCCGGCCCACAGCCCGCCAGCGUCCGCCCCUGCUACCCCGGGACCUGCCCCGCCUCGGCCGCCUGGAGAGUCGGCAACUGGGGGAGCUGCUCCGUGUCUUGCGGCGUCGGGGUGAUGAGCAGAUCGGUGCAGUGUUUAACCAACGAGGACCAGCCCAGCCACUUAUGUCCCGCUGAUCUGAAGCCAGAGGAACAAAAAACCUGCCAUAAUAUUUAUAACUGCGAGUUACCCCAGAACUGCAGGGAGGUCCAACGACUCACCGGUGCCAGAGACGACGGCGAGUACUUCCUGAUCAUCAGGGGGAAACCCCUGAAGGUCUUCUGCGCGGGUAUGAAGUCCGACCGCCCCAAGGAGUACGUGACGCUGGCCCGAGGGGACGCCGAGAACUUCUCCGAGGUCUACGGGCACAGGUUGCACAACCCCACAGAGUGUCCCUACAAUGGGAGCCGCCGCGAUGACUGCCCGUGCAGGAAGGAUUACACGGCCGCCGGGUUUUCCAGCUUCCAGAAGAUCAGGCUGGACGUGAGCAGCAUGCAGAUAGUCACCACUGACCUACAGUUUGCAAGGACAAGUGAAGGGCACCCCGUGCCUUUUGCCACAGCUGGGGACUGCUACAGUGCUGCCAAGUGUCCACAGGGUCGGUUUAGCAUCAACCUCCACGGGACGGGCCUGUCUCUGACGGACUCGGCCAGAUGGACCUCGCAAGGGAACUAUGCAGUCUCCGACAUCAAGAAGUCGCCGGAUGGUACCCGAGUUGUAGGGAAAUGUGGUGGUUACUGUGGAAAAUGCACUCCAUCUUCUGGUACUGGCCUGGAGGUGCAAGUUUUAUAGCUAAGGUGCUCUGAAGAGGAAGCCAUUAUGGGAUGGAUGAAGGAUAGUCAUGCAAUACCUCCACCUUAAAUCUGGGUGCCUGUGUGUGUGAGAGACCUGUAUGCCCGUGUGUGUGUGUGUGAGUGUGUGUGUAUAUGUGUGUACAUAUGCAUAUAUAUAUAAAUAUAUAUAUGUGCAGGUUGAGCAUCCUCAGUCCAAAAAUCUGAACAUCAGAUUCCGUGUGUGCAAAUAUCACGAAAUCUGAAAUCUGCAAACACUUCCGGUCCCAAGCAUUUUGGAUCAGGGAUCUUCAACCUGUGGAAUAGCCUGAUGAUGUAAAGUUUAAUAUUUAUAUGUUUGAAAUUAUUUAUUGUGAUGUAAUAUUUUUGUACGUAAAAUGAUUUUAUUGUGACUGCCUUCACGUUACUACUUUUGUCCCCUGCAGUCAAGACCACUGCAUUUUACGUACUCUACGUUAUAUGUAGGACUAUGACAGAGGUAACUCUUCCUUAUCACGGUACACUGCGGUUUACUUUUUAUCUGUCCGUGUUUUGCUGAUACUUUUUUUUUUAAUUGUGAUUUGCGUUUUGAAACAACCCAGCCAUCCCAUCAUCAAGGUGCUACAAAAGUCGUACAAGGGUAGUUUGGGCAUUUCUGGAAAAGGUUUGUUAGCCAAUGAGUCUCAUUAGCUAACCAGUUAGUAACAUGGCACGCAGACUGUACCAACUGGGAAUUCUAUUCAGUAGCUAUUCGGUUUCAUGUGAUCUCUGGGGAAAAAAAAAUCUAUCUAUCUAUCUAUAUAUAUAUAUAUAUAUGCUGCCUUGGUGCUAAUGUUGUAUGUAUUUAAGUGACUUUCAGACUUCUAAUAAAAGGGAGCAACAGAAAGACAGUUUCCAGUGGACAGAGUCACUUGGAUAGAAUAAGACCAAUGACACCCUUAUGUUUUGGACAUGCCACUUUUGGAAGAGAGUGGAACUUUAUUCUUGCUGGUAUUGCUGUGGACCCUCGUUGCUUCAGUGUGCGGCUCCUGGGUCUCUCUGCAUUGGGACAGAGGAUUUGGCAGAGACACACUGGGAAAAUGAAAUCCUCACACUGUUUGGCCAAGGUAUUCUAGAAUGACAUCAAAGGUCACUGAGCAAGCACAGCCUAUUUUUCUACGAGUGACCUUCAGCACACCCUGGAGAUGUUCCGGAAGGUUCUGAGUCAUCAGGAUUAUCCUUUGCUGAGGACUGGCCUGCUCCUCUGGCUGAGCCUGAUACCCCGCCGUCCCGCCUGUAGUAUCCGAUGCUGUGUGAAGAGAUGGACUUUGGAAUACAAGGUGCUGGUUUCUUUCUGAUCUUCUGUGAAUCCACAUUUUGAUACUUCUUUCCAAGAAGUGGGGAAGCCUUGGUCUUUGUGCCCUUCCAACUUGAUUGGAAUGGAAGUGGCCCAUGGAAGAGAAACCCUGCCCAUGUCCAAAAACCAAAGAGAUUGGGGGAAAAAAAACACCUGGCCGUAUUCAACUCCAAUCGAACUCCAGAGUGCUCCAGGGAGAGGUAUAUUCAGUGUAUGAAUAAGUAUUGUUUUCCAUUAUUAACACAUGUUGAAAACAUAUUAUGAAUAAAUACCAUGACCACAUCCAAACCA